GUCUAUGGUGCACGCUCCCAAAGACGACCACAAGAUGGCGAAAGAUAGAGAAAGAAUGGCAGAAGUGAAAGUGUUUGGCUGCGGUCAGGUAGUCAUGGAGGUGUCAACUCUUACUCUGCUUAACUUGCUAUACUUUUUGGAUGCUGGACAAACCGGGGCUUUAUCUGUUACAAUUCACUGGAUGGACGAGAAUUUCAAACACACAAAAUAUCAUUAUUUCACCCCAGCUGUGUGUGUGACCAUCCAUCCUAACCGCAAGCAGUUUUUUAAGUAUGACCUCUUCCGAGUUGCCUGUGAAGGGAAAUGGGUCUCGUGGCCUGUUAAGAAGAUGACAGGUGAUGGAAAGUUCCAUGUCUGCCCUGCACCCUGCUUGAUCCCUUCAGCCUUCCCUGCCACUGACAGCGGGGUGUACUGGUGUGACACUGGUCUGCAACAAACCAGUUGCUCCGUCAACAUUACCGUAACAUCAUGGAAGGUUAUCCUGGCUAGCCCAGCACAACCUGUCAAAGAGGGCGACCCUGUGACCUUCAACUGUUUGGUCCACAAUGAACGAAAUAUUGGAUCAGCAACUUUCUUCAAAGACAACAUGCAAAUUGCCAUCAGUGCAACUGCAAACCUAACCAUCUACAAUGUAACCAGUUCAGAUGAGGGCCUGUACAAAUGUCAUGUUCCUGGAUAUGGAACUUCCCCUGAGAGCAAGCUCUCUGUCAGAGUCACAGUACUGGAGCAGCAGUCCUUAGUGUUCCUGCCACUGGUGGAAAUGAUCCUUCGCCGUGUGCUGUUGAUUGCGUUCUAUUUACUGUCAACUAUUGUCAUAGCUGUGAGGCUGCGGCAAAGACAGAGAGUUGAGGAACCACAGCCUUCUGAGGAUGUCAUAAUGGAAAUAUGUUCAUGAGCCAUAUCAGUAUUUUCUUCCAGAAAAGAUCAGAGUUCUGUGUUAUUCCCCCCUUGUUGUAUAUGUUUAGCAGUGAAUUUGUCAUGCUUCUGGUUCAAUGUGGGAAAGUCCACAUGGUCAAGAACAGGCAUGUUACUUCAGGUUUGACAGAAAGUGCAUGAAUCAGAGGUGUCAGCUGGAAGUGGAAAUGAUAGACAGAGGAAACGAGUGUUGUAUCUGUCAUCUUUCUGUCUGUAAAAAAAUAAAAUUGAGAGGUGUGAAUAGA